GUGACGUAGAUGGACGAUUUACUACCACCGUAACAGUUCGGUUCGAUUCGGUGAAAAUUUAAGUACAAAAGACAAAGAGACACGAAUUAAAGUGUGGACACAGAUUGAGGACACACACAGACAAAAAACUGUUAUCGAAGGUCUGGAAUCUAACAUCUUUGUCAUCCCCAAUGGCACUUCAGGAGAGAAUCAGAGUGGUCCUGCUGGCAUGUGGCUCCUUCAACCCCAUCACUAAUAUGCACCUUCGUAUGUUUGAGCUGGCAAGAGAUCACCUGGAAGACACCGGAAGGUACAGAGUAGUAAAGGGUAUCAUCUCUCCUGUUGGUGAUGGUUAUCAGAAGAAGGGUCUGAUUGAGGCAUGUCAUCGUAUAGAAAUGGCCAGAUUGGCGACAGAGAGCUCCAGCUGGAUCAGUGUGGAUGACUGGGAGGGCCAGCAGGCUGAGUGGGUGGAAACGGUCAAAGUUAUAAGACACCAUCAUGCUGAGAUGUCAUCAGAGGACGACCUCCAUGACAUGGUGGACACAGUAAAGUUCACAAAGAAGAGAAGACUGGAUGUAGAAAGUUUCUCAGAUCACAACAGAUCAGAAACUCUUCAGCUCAAGCUGUUGUGUGGCGCAGACGUUUUGGAGUCCUUCAGCAUCCCAAAGCUAUGGAAGAAGGAAGACGUUACAGAGAUCGUGGGCCGCUUCGGGCUUGUGUGCAUCACCAGGGGCGGUUUUGAUGCAGAGAAGUUUGUCUACCAGUCAGAUGUGCUGCACAAACACCGUAAGAACAUCCACAUCGUGAGGGAAUGGGUGACCAACGAGAUCUCAGCCACGCACGUGAGGCGAGCUGUGCGCAGGGGUCAGAGCGUGCGCUAUCUGCUGCCUGAUCCUGUCGUGAACUAUAUCCAAGAUCAGCAACUGUACAGUGCUGAGAGUGAGCAGAAGAAUGCAGAUGUCAUCCUUGCUCCUCUUCAGAAAUACGGCAGCACUACUGAAUAAGUUACUCGUGUGUGUGUGUGUGUGUGUGUGUGUGUACCAGCUGCAAUAAGACUUUGGACUCCCCUGAAACAGUAUAUAUUUUUUUAGAGUGUAAAUAGUUUGAAUUUAUUCACGAUUUCCUGGAUUACACACAAACACAAGUGAAUUUUACAUUCUACACUUUAUACUUAGAGGUUGAAACAGGUUUUUGUCAAUAUCAUGCCUUUGGUAAUUCAUCGAUACAUAUUGAAUUAAGGGCAAAUGUUAUAUAAUAGUUAAUAUAAUGUUAUAUUAUUUCAUAUUUUGAGAUAAUAUAAUUCAGUAUACUAUAAUAUUUUUUGACAACUUCUUCUAAAAUUUCCGAAAGAAUAUUUUCUUAAAGACUCUCUAAGACACCAUCAGGGUUUUCCUGUUAUAGAUGCACAAUUGCAUGGGUUUAGUUUCUCAAUAAAUUGGCUUUGCACAAA